UCUCUCUGUUUUGAAACUGCAUUGCAUUUUUAGAUAUUUUGUUCGUUACUGUGUCUCUCUCUCUCUGUGACGCCUCAAUAAACACAAAUAACACCAUCACUUCAUUUUGAACUCUGAACCUUCUUCUCUCUUUUCGUCUCUCCUCUCUUAACUGUUAAGUGUAUCUCACUUCUCUCUGUUAGUCGCCAAAAUGGUAACUGCAAAUGAGAGGGUCGUCGCUGUGAUCAUGGUUGGAGGACCCACCAAAGGGACUAGAUUUCGACCAUUGUCAUUCAACAUACCAAAGCCACUUUUUCCAUUAGCGGGACAGCCCAUGGUUCAUCAUCCAAUUUCUGCUUGUAAAAGGAUUCCCAAUUUGGCUCAGAUUUAUCUCAUUGGUUUCUAUGAGGAACGUGAAUUUGCAUUAUAUGUAUCCUCUAUCUCAAAUGAGCUUAAAGUCCCUGUUAGAUACUUAAAGGAAGAUCGGCCACAUGGUUCGGCUGGUGGUCUUUAUCACUUUAGAGAUCUGAUCAUGGAGGAGGAUCCGUCACAUAUUUUCUUGCUGAACUGUGAUGUUUGCUGCAGUUUUCCACUGCCAGAAAUGCUGGAUGCUCACAGAAGAUAUGGUGGCAUAGGAACAAUACUAGUUGUUAAGGUUUCUCCAGAGUCAGCCAGCCAGUUUGGGGAAUUGGUAGCUGAUCCAAUCACCAAUGAACUAUUGCAUUACACAGAGAAACCUGAAACUUUUGUAAGUGAUCGUAUAAACUGUGGUGUGUAUAUAUUUACACCGGAUAUCUUUACAGCCAUUGAGGGUGUAUCUACGCAGCGGAAAGACAGAGCUAAUCUAAGGCGUGUCUCCAGCUUUGAAGCAAUGCAACCAGACACAAGGAGUCUUCCAGCCAAUUAUGUCAGAUUGGAUCAAGAUAUCCUCUCACCUCUUGCAGGGAAGAAGCAGUUAUAUAUAUAUGAAACCACGGACUUUUGGGAACAAAUUAAAACUCCUGCAAUGUCCAUAAAAUGUUCUGGCCUGUAUCUUGCCCAAUUUCGUCACACCUCCCCCCACCUAUUAGCAAGUGGAGAUGGUAUUAAGAAAGCCAGCAUCACUGGUGAUGUUUACAUUCACCCAUCAGCAAAAGUCCAUCCAUCUGCUAAGAUUGGUCCUAGCGUAUCAAUAUCUGCAAAUGCUCGUAUAGGAGCUGGCGCAAGGCUCAUCAGUUGUAUUGUCCUUGAUGAUGUUGAAAUCAAGGAGAAUGCUGUAGUUAUUCAUGCAAUAGUUGGAUGGAAAUCCUCUAUUGGACGAUGGGCCCGUGUCCAGGCUAGUGGAGAUUACAAUGCAAAACUUGGGGUCACUAUAUUGGGUGAAUCUGUAACCGUUGAGGACGAGGUUGUGGUCGUUAAUAGCAUUGUUCUGCCACAUAAGACACUAAAUGUUGGCGUUCAAGACGAGAUUCUUUUAUAGAACCUCCUCUGUUCCCAUCGUUGGCUCUCUCUUUUCCUUGUAAUGGUAUUUGCAGAGACUUAUGUUUAUGUAGUGUGGAAGCCCAAAAACAGUGGAUGUCUUCCAUUUUGUCACAAUUGACUGUUUU